GUUCAAAUUGGCGGCUAUUGGCGGUACGCGUUUCACGGACCAUUUUCCCCAGUUUUCUCUAACCUUCUUAGCCCACCUAUAUUCCUGGCGCAAGAAAAUUUCCCCCACAAGUGCAGUCGGGUGAAGAAACGGAAACAGAUCAUCUUUGGAUUUCUUAUGCAAGCGUUCCAUCUCUAAACCAAUUGCGAACAAGUUACGCUAUGGCCUCUGUUCGAAAGAUUCGUACACUUCGCUUCUCCAUCAACACAUUGUCGCAGUUGCACAUGACGAACUCAGGUUCUGUACAUCUUCAAGAUAUGUCCUCUUUCUUUCGAUUGUCGUCCGCCUCACCCAACUGGUUUAUGAGAGGUUUUAGAAGCCACAGCGCACUUUCACAUCCCCAACAAAAAAUCUUGAAAUUCGAGAUUCCUGAAGCUGAUGCGGAAUGUGAUUACAAGGAAGUUCGAGAGAUCCGGCGGGAAUUUGACGCUGCUAAACUUAGCUUCCUCAAGAUUCCAGAGGCGCUCAAGGCAAUGCCGAAGUUGAAUCCGGAAGGCAUCUACGUGAAUAAGAAUCUUAGCUUGGACAACAUUCAGGUGUAUGGUUUUGACUAUGAUUACACUCUCGCGCAUUACUCGGCCAAUUUACAGAGCUUGAUUUACGAUCUUGCCAAAGAACAUUUGGUUAAUGAGCUCAGAUAUCCUGAAUCUUGCAUGGAGUUCAAGUACGAUCCCACUUUUCCGAUUAGAGGCCUUUACUAUGAUAAACUCAAAGGUUGCCUCUUGAAGUUGGACUUUUUUGGUUCUAUUGAGCCUGAUGGGUGCUACUUUGGUCGUCGUAAGCUAAGCCAGACAGAAAUCAAAGAGAUAUACGGCACACGACAUAUUGGACGCGACCAAGCUCGUGGGCUUGUUGGACUGAUGGAUUUCUUUUGCUUCAGUGAGGCAUGCCUUAUUGCGGAUGUUGUGCAACAUUUUGUUGAUGCUAAACUGGAAUUUGAUGCUUGCUACAUCUACCAAGAUGUGAACCGUGCAAUUCAGUAUGUUCACCGAAGUGGCCUGGCCCAUAGAGAAAUAAUAUCCGAUCCACAUGCCUACCUAGUAAACAAUGGGAGACUAUUACAAUUUCUCACGAUGCUGAAGGAGAAGGGGAAGAAACUUUUUUUGCUGACCAACUCCCCAUAUUACUUUGUGGAUGGUGGAAUGCGUUUUAUGUUGGAGGAUUCUAUGGGUUACAAGGACUCUUGGAGAGAAAUCUUUGAUGUUGUGAUAGCUAAGGCCAAUAAGCCAGAAUUUUACACAUCCGAGCAUCCUUUUCGUUGUUAUGACACAGAAAAGGACACUUUGACUUUUACAAAGGUGGAUGCAUUCCUUCCAAAUAAAAUUUAUUACCAUGGUUGCCUGAAGUCUUUCCUUCAGAUUACCAAGUGGAAUGGUCCCGAGGUGAUAUACUUUGGGGAUCACCUUUUCAGCGAUCUGAGAGGCCCUUCAAAAGCUGGUUGGCGCACUGCUGCAAUCAUUUAUGAACUGGAAAAUGAAAUACGUAUACAAAAUGAGGAUUCCUACCGUUUUGAACAGGCAAAAUUCCAUAUAGUCCAAGAACUUCUGGGUAAAUUGCAUGCUAUUGUAGGUUGUGGCCGGAGAAGUGAUGUAUAUAAAUCUCUGUUGAAAGAACUGAGCGUGGAGAGGGAGAAAGCUCGAGAUACAAUGAAGAAAAUGUUUAAUAGAUCAUUUGGUGCAACUUUUCUCACGGAUACUGGUCAAGAAUCUGCCUUCGCCUAUCACAUCCAUCAAUAUGCAGAUGUUUAUACUAGUAAGGCAGAAAAUUUUUUAUUCUAUCCACCAGAGGCAUGGCUUCACGUACCCUUCGAUAUCAAGAUCAUGCCACAUCAUGUGAAGGUCCCAUCAGGUCUUUUCAGAAACCAAUAGCUGGUGGUUAGAGUACCUAAGGACGUGCGCAAUAAAGAAGUUUUUCCAUAGUUAGACACAGUGUGAUUAACCACAGUGGAUGCAUAGUACUGCACCAUGUUCAUUUCAUUAUUUCAUUGGCGCUUUCAGGCCACCCACCAUGGACGAUUGAUAUAUCAAGGUGAAAGGAGGAAGUAAGUGCUCAGUACAAUCAUUUGAUUCUUGACGGAUUUUCCAUUCUUUGGGUUCUCUUAUCAUUAAUCAAUAACUGUAACUACUAGUCUUGCUCGUUCAUUUCAGAUUCAAUGGGCAAAAUCCAAAGUUUAAAGUCUAAUGAUAGAAGGUACAUAAUAAAAAAUUAAAAGUAACUCAUCAAGUUUUGCCUGCCUUUUCUUUUCUUUUAGGCAUGAGGAAAUGGGAAUCAAUUUUUUCAUUCUCUGUAACUAUGAUGAUGUUUAUCAAAUUGUAGCAAUGGAAUCAAAUGUUGGGACCCACCUCAAACUUGGUAAUUUCAUUCUCUUAAAAAAAAGUGUAAUCUCAUUACUCUUCUACGUCUUUAUCAA